UAGUUUUUUGUCUUCCUGCAUAUUUGGUUAUAUCAAACAGCCUAAAAAAAUGGAGAAGAUGAUGGUUCUGAGAUCCAUUUUUAGAGCUGCCUGUUCCAGAUCUUCCCGUUUCUCGUCUAUCGCCGUUGCCUCCGCCAAUCACAACCACCACUUGGGUUUCCGGAAUCUCUACUCUAUCUCAACACUUUCCGCCUCUAAUCCGCCCACAAACAUUCCUUCGGGUGGCAGGUCAUCCUUUUCCCAUAGAUUGGGGAGCACGCGCUAUUUUAGCGAUGAUGUAUCGCAUAUGCCUGUCAUAACAGACACCGAGAUUCUGAAUGUUUUUAAGGACUUAAUGGCUGCAAGUUGGGAUGAGCUUCCUUAUUCAGUGGUACAGGAUGCAAAGAAAGCCUUGUCCAAGAAUACUGAUGACAAAGCCGGCCAGGAAGCUUUGAAAAAUGUCUUCCGUGCUGCUGAAGCUGUCGAAGAGUUUGGUGGUAUUCUGAUCAGCAUGAAAAUGGAACUUGAUGACAGCAUUGGAAUGAGUGGAGAGAAUGUAAAACCUUUGUCAAGUGAUUUUUCGGCUGCACUUAAGACAGUUUUUCAAAAAUAUGCAACUUACUUGGAUGCAUUUGGUCCUGAUGAAACCUACUUGAAAAAGAAGGUGGAGACAGAGUUGGGAUCAAAGAUGAUCUACCUAAAGAUGAGAUGCGGUCACCUUGGUGCUGAGUGGGGAAAGAUUACUGUUCUUGGAACAUCUGGGCUUUCUGGAUCUUAUGUGGAGCAAAGAGCGUAGCACUAUAGUGUUGAGGGAGUUCAUGUUAACAUUUCCCCCCCCCUGUUUUAGAUCAUGUCUAUGAAUAUUAGGGGACAGGUUGGUGUUCUCCUGGAAAACCUUGGUAGCUAAAUAAAUGGCUUAUGUUUGUCAACAACAGUAAAUCAAAGUGUAAAAUCAUGCUUCUUUUAUGAGAAGAUUUUCCACCAUCA